AUGAACCCCAAGAUUGCUGACUUUGGGAUGGCAAAGAUCUGUGGGAUGGACCUAAAUUCAGAGAACACAAGCAGAAUUGCUGGGACAGAAGGUUACAUGGCCCCGGAAUACAUGGAACUCGGCCAGUUCUCAAUCAAAUCUGAUGUGUAUAGCUUUGGGGUCUUAGUUCUUGAGAUUGUUUGCGGCAAGAGGAACAGAAGCUUCCUCCCUUCGGGUCUCAAUUUGGUCACACACGCUUGGAGGUUGUGGAGAGAUGGGUCACCAUUGGAGCUCUUGGACGCAACCAUUUCAGGUAAUUAUCCGGGAGGAGAAGUGACAAGAUGUAUCCACAUUGCGCUCCUAUGUGUUCAGAACGAUCCAGCAGACCGUCCGGACAUGUGGACAAUCAUGUCGUGGCUCACUAACGACACAAUCAGUUUACCUGUUCCUAAAACACCUGGAUACUUCAUUCCAAAUACAACGCCCUAUCAGUCUACGUUGAGGACCAAUUCCCAUUUUAUCAAUGACAGAACUUGA